CAGAACGAAUCUUCGCGUGUGUGAUUCCGUCGAAUUAUUUAUAAUUCGGUUUAAUUAUAGAUUAUUUUUUAUUUAGACAUCCGAAAGUUAGUGUAGACUGUGUUUACGUGAAACUGACGCACAUUCGGCACGUUAUGAAUACGGAAACAUGUGUUCUGAUGUGAACAUUUAAUCGUGAUCUCUGAUGACACCUAUGAGAAUACAUGUCAACAAAUUAUAAAUUUAUUGGAUUAAAAUCCCCGAGUUCCUGUUUUUGGAGUAUAUAAAUUUAGUUUUUGAGUUGUGUGCUUAUGGAAGGUGUUGUGGUGUAGUGAGUUAGUGUAUUCUGAUGUUCUGAACUGUGCCACUUCCGGCCGUGAUGCAGAGGUUGCGGUGAGGUGGUACACUGAACGUCUUAAUUCCUAAUUCCCGGCAUGGCGGACCCAGGCACUGGGGUCACUUUUGACCCAAAUGAUAUGGCCAGUUGGUAUUUCCGCGACAUGUCCAGAGCGGAAGCAUCCAAGUUGCUUCUCAGCGAAGUGGAGAGCGGAGUAUUCCUCGUCAGAGACUCCAAAACAAUACAGGGGGAUUAUGUACUCUGUGUCAGAGAGGACGGUCGUGUCUCACACUACAUCAUCAACCGGAUAACAUCCAACGACGGAGUGACCCGGUACCGUAUUGGUAACCAGGUUUUCGCGGACAUGCCGGCCCUGCUCUCGUUCUACCGGCUCCACUACCUGGACACAACGCCGCUGGUACGGCCAUUACCGCAGGCGCCGGCCCGUGCGGCAGCCCCCGCGCCGCAGUCGUUCCAGGUGUUGGAACUGGUCAUAGCCAAGUUCGACUUCGAUGGGAAUGAUCCUGACGACCUACCGUUCCGUCGCGGCGAGCGGCUGAUGGUCAUCAACCGUGAUGAGGAGCAGUGGUGGACGGCGCGCAACAGUCAGGGCCGCACCGGUUCCAUACCAGUACCCUAUAUACAAAGGCUCCUGGACUCGUCCGGUGUGCCGUUCCCGCCUUCUGAAGCCAAGAGUCAACUUGGUGAUCCACCCAGCCCACCUAACAGCAAACAACAUACAAACCUGCAGAGACAGUUGCCUGCGCUGGCGCGGGUGAGACAGACGCGUGUGCCGAACGCGUACGACAAGACCGCGCUCAAAUUGGAAGAGGGGGAAAUUGUUAAGGUGAUAAAAAUGAACAUGAACGGCCAGUGGGAAGGCGAGUUGAACGGCAAAUUUGGACAUUUCCCGUUCACGUACGUGGAGUUCAUUGACGACUCUGUGUCCAGUUAAACCGAGGGGUAACUGUCCAAUAAUAUCCGGGACAUGUUGUUAUAAUGUAAAUUAUAUUUGUCUCAACACAGACCAACUGUAUAGCUCGAUUUCCAUUUUUAAUUCGUUAUUUAUGUAAAAUGUCGAACAUAGACAAGUGGUAAAUCAUUCAUCAUCAUCAUCAGCCCACUGCUGGACAUGGGCCUCUCCCAAGGCACGCCACUGUGCACGAUCUUCAGCCAUUCUCUUCCAGUUUUUACCCGCAACCCUACAUCAGGCAAAUCAUUACAUAGUAUAAAACAAAAUCGCUGUCGCUAUCUCUCCGUCCCUGUGUAUGCUUAAAUCUUUAAAAGUACGCAACGGAUUUUGAAGUGGUUUAAUAGAUAGAGUGAUUCAAGAGGAAGGUUUAUAUAUAUAAUACAUGUACGCCCAUGCGAAGCCGGGGCGAAUAGCUAGUCUAUAUAUAUAAAAAUGAACUGCCGUUCGUUAGUCUCGCUAAAACUCGAAAAGGGCUUUAACGAUUUGGCUAAUUAAAGUCUUGAAAUAUUCGUGGAAGUCCAGGGACGGUUUAAACGGUGAUGGAAUAUGAAGAAAUGCUU